CCAUGACGGCGGAGGAGUUGGAGCGGCAGCUAUGAGAGGACCCAUUGCAGGCAGAUCGGCGCGGACGGAUGGAUGAGGCGUCGAGGAGGUUCAUGCCAAAGCGCCCAGCUUACGUGCCCUGCAGCCCGUCAUUGCCAUCAUCCACCACUGGUGCCACUACCCCUGUACAUGCUGAGGGUCCAGUCACGGGACGGAUUACAUCACCGGCACCUGCAGAGUGUCCUUCUCCCAAAUCACGGAAGAAGAAGAUGAAAGCAGGUAAGAGUCUCAGUACGGUGAGGAGGGUGACGCAUGCGAUGCGGGAGACUCAGCCCGGGCUGGCCGGUUUACAUCCGCGGACUCGGGAGGCAUUGGCCCUGGACGUUGUCGCGGAGACAACAGGUUGGUGGGAGAGGGGCUCCAGCCGGGCGACGAAGCAGCCCAUCACAGCACCUGCUGAGGCGGAGAUGCCAUGUACUGGGGGGCGCACAGCAGGUAGGGGGGAGGAGGCAGAGCAUAGCGGCCCCCCCGGGAGGAGCAUGGCCGGACGUAUAUUGGGGGAGGAUGUGAGGACGGUGCCUGCGCAGCGACCGUCACCGGCAGGAGUCGUUUUGGAGUCCGAUACCGAUGAUUUGGAGAUGCCUCGUGGCCAGCGGAGGAUGGCUUCCGUGUACGACCUUCUUCGAGCACAGCACGGGGUUGACCCGACGUGGACAAGGGACAUAGAGCACCGCGCCUGGAUCGAAUACGUGGAACUAUUGAUCAUCCAAGCUUGGAGGACGGAGGUGGAAGGAGACCUUCUCGGGUUUCUAUCCAUAUCGGUGCGGCCCGGGCAUCGACAGCUGAUCGUACAGGAGCUCACGAUUCCCCUCGCGCAGCUGGUCGACGAUUUCCCUCUCGAUAUCAUUUCACAGUGCGACGAGAGCCCGGUCCUGCAUGUCCUUUCACGAACCCUGACGCCCUAUCUACAGUGGUCGGCCUGCCUCGAGGAGCAGGGAGUUAACAACAAUCCGCCAUCGCAACAAGACUACCUGAACCCGUGGAGGAUCAUCGACCUCGCCUUCUUUCAGCCUCGAACGGCCUCCGAAGACGAAGAACUAACGCUAGAGGAGGAAAAAGAAGAGGGCGUAGAGGAAGGCGACGAGGAGGAAGAAGAGGAAACCCCGGAAGAAGGAAGUUACAGUGAGCAUAGCGAGGGAGAACAAAGCGAAGAAGAAGAAGAAGAAGAGGACGAGGAACAAGAGGAGUCUGAGUGGGAAAGCAUGGGCGAGAAAGCGGGCGAGGAGGAAGAUCUCGAGGCGGCAGCACGACGCAGAGAAGAGAUCGCGGCCGGUACUAAGCAGCCGCUAGAGUACGCAAGUGGGACGGAUCUGCCCAUCUCGGACAAUCCAGCCAAGGACCCGGAGCCACCCAAGCCAGAGGAUGGGGACCUUGUUGCCGAGACUUCGAGCGCACCGGCCCAACGGCGACGAAAUGUUGUAUUUGUUGUUGAUGUCUCCAGCUCAGCCGUUGUUGGCAUUGAUGAGAUCUCGGUCGUUAUUGUGUGUGUUGUUGCCGCCAAGGCUCCUUCAGAAUCGUCGUGCAGAGUCAUGGCGACGAGAACGUUGCAUGCAAUGACGAGCGUACACGUGGCCGAUGGGUGGGCCAAGCUGUCCGAUGACGUGGCAAAUAUCCCGGGGACAGGUCGAAGUUACUCCUUGGCAGUUGAAGAUGGGCCGACGGUAGGCAAAGCUUGGCUAUGGAGGUUAGACCACGUGGAGAAGAAGAGAGCACCAUGGCCACGGAAGAGGAAUCCCCUGAGAGAGAGACAGAGGAUAAACACGCUGGCUUUAUGUCAUAACCACCAAGGGAGGAGGACAAGACGUCUUUGUGGUGCUUCGAUUGGCCAAUUGUGGGGCAGGGACGACAACUCUUCCUCUCCUUUUCCCUUGCAAGUCGGACUUUUCCCGCCAACAAGAGAGAAGCAAAGACGGGAGGCUACGAGUUCCACGUCAGCAGUGAGAGCUAUGGUGGGCGAUCCUUCGUCCACGUCAGCCUUCAACUUCCACCGACGUCACGAACGGUGGGAGAGGGACGACCACUCUCCCUCUUCCUCUCCCUCCUCCUCUCCCUCUCCCGCUCCCUCUCCCUUGCAGGUGGCAUUCAUCAGGCCAACGAGAGAGGGACCCAGACGGGAGGCUUCGAGAUGGACGUCGGCGGUGAGAGCUAUGGCGGCGGGCGAUGCUGCUUCUCCGGAUGCGAGGACCUCUCCUUCUUCCUCCUCCUCCCUCGACAGCACAGCAACAGCGGCCCCGACGGAAAAGCCGGCGGCAGCUCUCGGUCCUGACCCCGACGCUGAGCCCGGAAAGAACUCCGGAAGGAAGGAUGGGGAUAAGCCACUUGCUGACGUGGCGGGCGGGGCGGGCACAUUCGAUUGGAGCCUCCAUUGGUACGGAGUCGCGGCCGACGAUCAUCUAGACAGAAGGCAGCCGCAUGCCAUCACCGUCCUGGGCCGUGGAUACGUUCUGUGGUGGGACAUGUCAGCCUUCGACGACGGACAGGAGGAAGAGGAGAACGGACUUGUAGCAGCCCAACUGGGCAAGGAGAAGGAGAAAGAGCAGAGGGAGGAGCAGAGGGAGAGGGAGAGGGAGAAGGAGAAGGAGAAGGAGAAGGAGGAGCGCGGCCACGCGAUCAAAGCUGCAAACCAGGGUUCCACUGGCGGGGGCACGUGGCGCGCUUUCCUGGAUCGGUGUCCUCAUCGACUGGCUCCGCUCUCGGAGGGGAGGAUCGACGAGCAGGGGAGGCUUCAGUGCUCAUACCAUGGAUGGUCCUUCAGCGGCGACGGGACAUGCAAGAAUGUCCCGCAAGACGGACCGGAGCAACGUGUGACCAGGUCGCCACGUGCAUGUGCCAUUACUGUCCCGACACGUGUCGCGCACGGAGUGGUGUUCCUGUGGCCGGACGAGAGCGCCCAGGGUGCUGAGCUGGCAGCCAGGUCUCCGCUCCCUCUCGAUCCCGGCGCUGCUCUCCCCGGCUCCGUACGGCUCUAUCUGUACGUGAGGGAGUUGCAGUACAGCUACGAGACGCUGGUCGAAAAUGUGCUUGACGAAAGCCACUUCCCCUUCGCCCACCACAAGACCGCUCCAGCAUUCCAUCGGGACAGAGGGGGCCAAGGAGACCUCCACGUGUCAUCGUUUAACGGUCGCCAAGGCUUCGCUGGGCAGUGCCGAGGCUUCGCGCUCGGUACUGCCGUGGGACAUGUGGACUUCAAGGGCCCCAGCAUCAUCACGAAGCGCGCGGAGAUACCCUUCAAAGGCAGACCUAUCACCUCCAUCCAAUCCAUUUACAUCACCCCCAGUGCCCCCGGUCGUGUAAUUUUCGUCUUCUCCGGUUGGACGACCCCUCCUCCGCAGGGAUCAGGGGGAGCGUUGGGGGGGGUAAUGGCGGCCUUACUGGGGAGGCUGACUGCAGUCGUGCGGGCUUUCCGAAAUACGCAUCUCUUUAUGAAUCGGCUCCUCGAUGGGGAUGCGGUGUUGCUCCACGUGGCAGAGAAGAAUCUCAACAGGAUAAGGAGAGAGGAUAAAAAAGAUUGGAACCUGGCCUACUACAUGCCGGCCUCUGCUGAUCGGUUCACCAUCGCUUUCCGGCAAUGGUUGCACAAGUACGCGGGUGGGGGAGUGAAGUACCAUGCAGCCAGCAGUCCAGCCAGUGCUGCUGCCGGUACGCCUGCCGCCGACGUCGCAACACGUGGGCCGCACCGAUUUAAAGAUCUGGAUAAGGUUAUGGAUAAGGUUUUGGAUGAGGCGGAGUGCAAAAUUUUGUCCUCUCGCGAGGUCCUGGACCGGUACAGUCAGCACACGGUAAAAUGCCAGAUUUGCAUGGGACAGCUCAACUUCUACAAGAUCCUCCAGAGAGCCCUGGCUAUGGCGUCCGUCGUUUGCAUCGCCAUAGCCGCAUGCAUCUCGAGGCAGGCGGGAACUGUCGCCUUGUGUGCGACCAGUGGGGCUAACGCAGCUGCGUGUGCGACCUCGACGGGAGCAGCGGCGUUCUCGGCAUCGGCUCCGGUUGUAGCUCGGCUUGUCCUGGUUGUACUCGCGGUCUGGGCCGCAAUUGGGGCAGUCAAACUGGCAGAUCACAUCGAGGAAUUCGUCUACAAGGGAUAUAAUCACGCUCUCAUCCCGUAGGGCCCUUCUCUGUCUGUGCGUUUAGGGGGGGGGGAGGGUUGGGGAGGCCUAUAAUGCCUUUUAUUAG